GUGCGGGAGCAGAGAGCGCGAGCCGGGCAAGGGCCGGGGAGGCUAUGGCCCCCAGUGCCCUGUAGACCUGGCGCGACUCCCGUGCUUUCGACCCCUUUUGGGGGCCCUGGGUGGCUUCUGGAGGGCCUUGCAGAGGGGCAGAGAAGGCAGGACCAUGGCAUCUAGGGCCUUUGACCCUCCCCCAGGGCGCAGCGUGACGGCGGGCAUCAUCAUUGUUGGAGAUGAGAUCCUCAAGGGACACACUCAGGACACCAAUACCUACUUUCUGUGCCGGACACUGCGCUCCCUGGGGGUCCAGGUGUGCCGAGUCUCUGUUGUCCCUGACGAGGUCGCCGCCAUCGCGGCUGAGGUCACUUCUUUCUCCAGCCGCUUCACCCACGUCCUCACGGCAGGGGGCAUCGGCCCCACUCAUGACGACGUGACCUUCGAGGCAGUAGCGCAGGCCUUUGGGGACAAACUCAGGCCACACCCUGAGCUGGAAGCAGCCAUCAGAGCCCUGGGAGGGAAGGGCUGGGCCAAGCUGUCUCUCGUGCCCUCCUCCGCCCGCCUGCAUUACGGCACCGAUCCCCGCACCGGCCGGCCCUUCAAGCUGCCGCUGGUCUCCGUCCGGAACGUCUACCUCUUCCCGGGCAUUCCGGAGCUGCUGCGAAGGGUGCUGGAGGGGCUGAAGGGCCUGUUCCAGAACACUGCUGUGCAGUUUCACCUGCGGGAGCUCUAUGUGGCCGCUGACGAGGCCUCGAUCGCCCCCAUCCUGGCCGAGGCCCAGGCCCACUUUGGGCGCAGGCUGGGCCUGGGCUCCUACCCUGACUGGGGCAGCAACUAUUAUCAGGUGAAGCUCACUCUGGACUCGGAGGAGGAAGGGCCCCUGGAGGAGGGCCUGGCCUACCUGACCGCCCGCCUGCCCCCGGGGUCGCUGGUCCCCUACGUGCCCGACGCCGUGCCGCAGGCCAGCGAGGCCGUGUACAGACUCGCCGAAUCAGGGUCUUCUCUGGGGGAAAAGGUGGCCGGUGCCCUGCAGACCAUCGAGACGGCCCUGGCUCGGUACGACCUCACCCGCCUCUGCGUGGGCUUCAACGGAGGCAAGGACUGCACCGCGCUCCUGCAUCUCUUCCAUGCCGCCGCGCAGAGGAAACACCCCGACACUCAGGAACCCCUCCAGAUCCUGUACAUCCGCAGCAUCUCCCCUUUCCCCGAGCUCGAGCAGUUCCUACAGGACACCAUCAAGAGGUACAAUCUACGGGUCUUGGAGGCUGAGGGAGACAUGAAGCAGGCCCUGAGGGAGCUGCGGGCGCAGCACCCCCAGCUGGAGGCUGUCCUGAUGGGCACCCGCCGUACGGACCCCUACUCCUGCAGCCUCUGCCCUUUCAGCCCCACCGACCCCGGCUGGCCGGCCUUCAUGCGCAUCAACCCGCUGCUGGACUGGACCUACAGAGACAUCUGGGACUUCCUCCGUCAGCUCUUUGUCCCCUACUGUAUCCUGUACGACCGUGGGGGAUGGGAGAUGCCAGAGGGGACCCGGCAGCUCCCUGCAAGGGGGUGGCACGCGUGCGUGUGCGUGUGUGUGUGCACGCGCGUGCAGACUGAAAAGGAGCUCGCGGCACAAUUCCCAAGGCCCGCCUCAGCAGGAGCCCCCCAGACGGCAGGAGCCUGGAGUUGUACCGGGCACUGGGGGAAGAGGAGCUGCUGGACUGACGAUGGCCAGGGAGGGCCCCGACCUCAGCUCAGCGCAGGUGGGCAGGGUAGGGCAGGGCAAACAGGAAGCACGGCCGCUGCUUCAGGGCCAGAGCCUGCCUCUCAGCCUCCUGUUCUCUGCUCUAGCACCCAGCCCAGCCCCCAUCGAGACCCCUGGGGCCCGCCAUGCUCCACCAUGGAGGGGCCCCAGACACUGUGGGAAGUGUGGAUCUUGCUUCCGGUGUGCCAUCUGUUGGUCUGGCCUCUCGGGACCUCCAUUCCCAGCCCCCACCUCGGGUGGACCUCCAGAGCCCAGGAGCUCGGCCUGCUGGCCGGGACCCCAGGAAGACCGCUGCAGGAGCUGGCAUUUCUCCAAGCCUGGCACAGUGAGCCCCCCAGCCCAGAUGGUUGAUUUCUCCAUGCUCUCUUAGUGCCAGGAAGGGGCUGCCCCCAAUCUCUCUGCUUUGAGAGUCACUGAA